UAUGUUUGCUCUAGUUCAGUAGCAAAAACAACCAAGAAAUAUAAUCACGAAUAAUGGUGUUCCUCUAGUCACCAGGAAUGAAUUAUCAUUUUGCUGUAAUGGUGUUUCUCGUUCAGCCGCUGUUCUCUUAAGGGAUUGUAUGUAGCUGUUCAAAAGUAGACUGAACAAUUUGUGGUAUGGAUACAUAGAAAGAAGUAACAGGGAUGGGGAUGGCAUUUGCAGGAUUAGAUAAUGGGCAGGAAAAAGGAGGGGCUACAUUAAUUGACUUUGGAGCACCAGACACAGUAGAGCAAAUAAAAAACCUCACAGAUGUGGGUGCUAUGACACGUUUCCUACAUGAAUGCAUUGCAUACCAAAGGGACAUUGAUGCAGAGUUGGAAACUCUACUAUCACAGCGCCAUGAGCUGGAGAAGAAGUUAAGUGGACUCCAGAAAUCUUCUGAAGUACUGGAUAUUGUGAAGGCUGAUUCAGACCAAAUGCUACUAAGCGUAUGUUCUACUUGUGAUCUUGCCGAUCAUGUCAGUGGCAAGGUAAGAGAGCUAGAUCUUGCACAAUCACGAGUGCAGUCCACCUUAACAAGAAUUGAUGACAUUGUGGAAAGGGGAAAUUGUAUUGAUGGUGCUAAACAGGCACUUGAAUCUGAGGAUUAUGAGGGCGCUGCCAAAUAUGUGGAAACAUUCAUGAAACUUGAUGACAAGUAUGGUGAUUCUAAUGUCAUGGGUUCAGGAGGCAGGGAGACUGCAAGAGAACAGACUAACCAGCUUCUGGAGUCUAAGCAAAAACUUGAGGGUAUAGUCAAAAAAAGAAUCUCCUCUGCUAUUGAAGAGAGGGACCAUCCUUCCAUUCUGAGAUUUAUCAAGCUUUUCCCUGCUCUGGGUCUGCAGGAAGAAGGGUUGCACUUGUAUGUUUCAUACCUAAGAAAAGAUGUUGCUUUAAGGUCCAGAUUAGAAUUUGAAGGUUUAAUGGAAAUAGCAGAGCAGUCCAUGGGGCAAACAGGGGUGCAGACCCAGGCUGACUUUGUUGGCUGUUUGACAAAUCUUUUCAAGGAUAUUGUUUUGGCUAUUGAAGGGAAUGAUGGGAUUUUGAGGAGUCUUUGUGGUGAAGAUGGAAUUGUACAUGCAAUCUGGGAACUGCAGGAAGAAUGUAAUUCAAGAGGCUCUGUAAUUUUGAAGAAGUACAUGGAUUAUAGAAAACUAGCAAGGUUAGCAUCAGAGAUCAAUUCACAGAAUAACAGUCUGAUAUCAGUAGUAGGAGCCCAAGAAGGGCCAGAUCCCAGAGAGAUUGAAAUUUACCUGGAGGAAAUACUGUCAUUAACCCAGUUAAGUGAGGACUAUACUCAAUUUAUGAUAACCAAGUUGAGGGAAGUUGGAUCUGUUGAUGCCCAGUUGAGUCCUCGAGCCACCAAUGCAUUUAGAAGUGGGGCAUUCAGUCGAGCUGCAAAGGAAUUGACAGGGUAUUAUAUUAUCCUUGAAGAGUUUUUCAUGGUAGAGAAUGUGAGGAAGGCUAUCCAGAUUGAUGAAUUUAUUCCUGAUGGCCUCACCACUUCUAUGGUGGAUGAUGUAUUUUAUGUCCUGCAGAGUUGUUGCAGAAGGGCUAUGUCUACUUCUAGUGUUCAGUCUGUGCUUGCAGUUUUGAAUGGUGCUAUUAAUUUGCUGAACAAUGAAUUCACGGAGGCUUUACAAAGGAAGACAAGAGAACCAAACCUGGGUAGCAAACUGUUUUUAGGGGGUGUAGGGGUAUUUAAGAUAGGCACAGAAAUUGCAACUGCUUUAAAUAAUCUGGAUGUUAGCAGUGAGUAUGUUCUGAAGCUUAGACAUGAAAUUGAGGAGCAUUGUGCAGAGGCAUUUCCUGCAGCAGCUGAUAGAGAAAAAGUCAAGUCAUGCUUGUCUGAGCUCGCAGAAACAAACAAUGCCUUUAAACAAGUAUUAAAUGCAGGCCUGGAGCAGUUAGCUAGCAGCAUAACACCCCGCCUCCGACCGAUUUUGGAUACUGUUGCCACAAUAAGCUAUGAGUUAUCCGAAAUGCAGUAUGCUGAAAAUGAAAUUAAUGAUCCAUGGGUACAAAAAAUACUACAUGCAGUAGAGACAAAUGUUACUUGGCUGCAACCGGCCAUGACAACAAAUAAUUAUGAUUCUCUUGUGCAUUUGAUCAUUGACUUUAUUGUCAAAAGAUUGGAGGUGAUAAUGACUCAGAAGAGAUUCAAUCAGUUGGGUGGCUUACAGCUUGAUCGAGAUGCACGAACUCUGGUGGGCCACUUCUCUAGUAUGACACAAAGAACUGUUAGGGAUAAGUUUGCACGACUUACACAAAUGGCAACUAUCUUGAACCUAGAAAAGGUCUCAGAGAUUUUGGAUUACUGGGGAGAAAACUCCGGGCCCAUGACAUGGAGAUUAACACCUGGUGAAGUUCGAAGAAUUUUGAGCUUAAGGGUGGAUUUCAAACCUGAAGCAAUUGCUGCCCUGAAAUUGUAAUUCUCCUUUGCAGGCGAUAUUGCUGGAAUUUCUGUGGCACAUUUUAGAAAUCUGGCCCUCCCACAUCAAAAAAGAACAUAUAUUCUUGGUUGUUCUCUUAAAUAAAAUGAUAUUGUCUCUAGCUCUCUGGACAACAAUGAUACAUUGAAAAAUUCUAUUUGUGAAUUGGCAUGACAGAGAAAGCUGUAGAUUUUUCUUGACAAAAUAUCCUGUCAUGCUUUCCAUGUAUUUUGGGAAUAAGCUUUGUUGUUGAAACUAAGAGUUAUCUUGAUAAAAUCAUGAAUGUCUUUGGGAAUUAUCCUGUAACCGAGAAUCAUAUCUCUUUAUGAAGUAUAGAUUUGGACCAAACUGUAAGUUUGGCUGAUCCUUCCACCUCUUGUUUAGUCCUUUUGUGCUGGUCAGGUUUCAAGAGAUACUUAUGAAAUCUUGGGAGCUAAUAACCUACAGUUAUUCUCGUGCCUUCUCCAUCUUUCUUAAUGGCAUAUGCUUUUUAACAGAGGAUCCUACCUGCAAGCUAAGUUGCUUUAAAUUGUAUCUAAAGCAGCUGAUUCUUUAUCAGGGACACAUCUAAUGAUCAGAAAGGACAUUUUAAAAAAUUUCUGUUGCAUCAGGAUGAACUUUUCAAGUGUGAUUAGAUGGCUGUCAAUCUGAUUAUCAAUUAGCCAAAGCUAAAUGGAAGGACUGGCAAAGUUGAGCUGGCAAUUCCUGUAGCAGUGAAGUGAGAAUCUCAUUACUGGAAGGUUUUAGUAUAGCUGGUUUUCUUGAGCAUUAGGUGAUGUAGAAGCUUCAAAGAUUUGUAUUUCUGCAUGAAAUUAUUGCGGCAUAAUAUUUGGUAUAUAGCUAUGAAAAAAUGCCCAUGUGGUUACUUACAGGUAUGAAGGUCAUGAAAUUGCAUAGAAGGUAUUAUAACAUUUGUCUCCUUGGCAAACAUUCACUGUAAGACUAAUUUAGAUUCGCCAAUAACCUGAUUGACAUCUACAAUCUUUAUAUUAUCCUCAUUUUAAAAUUUAAAUGUUUUGUUUCA